GGCCAUCAGACAGACUGCGGCCGCCAAACGCGUCGCGACCCGGCCGCUGCAGUGGCAGUCACACCCGCGCGACCGUCGUCCCCUUCUCUCAUGACAGUGGCAGUGCCUCACUCUUGUGACGUAUGACACAGCUAGAGUUUGCCUAGAGCAAGUAUGGCGAGGAUGGUGGGGGUGUAUCUUGGUGUGUUAUUAGUGGCAUUGGCUGUAGCCAAGUCCGAUGGAUUCUCCGGAUUCGAGGUCAAUCGCUCGCCGCCUCCAGGAGGACCCAACGUGUGUGGAUCCCGCCACCGGACUUUCUGCUGCCCGGGAUGGUCUCAGAAGCCCGGCAACAACCUUUGUAUAAUACCCGUUUGCGUGAGAAAUUGCGGCAGAGGUGGAAGAUGCGUGAGGCCCAACCUGUGUAUGUGCAUCGGCGGUAACAUAUCACCUGUGUGUGGUAUGAGAGGAAAUGGUUUCGGCGGUGGCGGUGUUAUUGGCGGAGGAGGCACUACGGGAGGUGGUAAUGGUAUCAUAGGCGGAGGAGGCACCACAGGUGCUGGCGGCAUCCAUGGUGGGGGAGGCACCACAGGAGGAGGUGGUAUUAUUGGCGGAGGGGGCACUACUGGAGGAGGUGGUAUUAAUGGCGGAGGAAGCACUACUGGAGGAGGUGGUAUCACAGGAGGUGGUGGUAUCACAGGAGGAGGCGGCAUCAAUGGUGGAAUCAUCAGUGGAGGUGGCAUCACCGGCGGUGGAGGAAGAGGAGGUUUAGGAUGCCAGACAAGAUGCCUCAAUGGAGGUACUUGCCAGGGGACCCGGUGUGUGUGUCGGCCAGGCUUCACUGGUGACCAUUGUGCUCAGCCUGUGUGUCAUGAACCAUGCCUUAAUGGUGGAAAGUGUGUGGGCCCAGAUCGUUGUGCCUGUGUUUACGGAUUUACUGGUCGUAGAUGUGAAGCAGAUUACCGUACUGGCCCAUGCUUUACCAAAGUUCAACAUGACAUGUGCCAGGGACAGCUGCCUGGAGUUGUUUGUACCAAGCAGUUGUGCUGUGCUACAAUAGGCAUAGCAUGGGGCCACCCCUGUGAACACUGCCCAUCAAGACUUGAUUGUAAUAAGGGUUUCCUGAAAAACAUAUACAGUGGAGACUGUGUUGACAUAGAUGAAUGUGAGGCCAUUCCAGGUUUGUGUGAAGGAGGUAUUUGUGUCAACAGCAUAGGGUCAUUUACUUGUGAGUGUCCAGAAGGACAGGCAAGAAACCCAGAGACCAAUGCUUGUGAAGACCGAGAUGAAUGUGCUGAAGGAGACCAGUGUGAGAAUGGUCAGUGUGUUAAUACAGAUGGGAGUUUCUAUUGCAGCUGCAAUACAGGCUUCAUUCCUAGUCAAGAUCGUAAAAAAUGUAUUGAUGCACGCCAAGGAUUUUGCUACACGGAAAUCAAUAGCAAUAAUCGGUGCAGAAAGCCACUAGCCAUACCCCUUACGCGUCAUGCUUGCUGUUGCAGCAAGAAUAUGGGGAAGGCUUGGGGUGAAGGGCGCAAUGACUGCGUGCCUUGUCCUAUGCCUGGAGAAGAAUUGUACCAAUGUCUCUGUGAGCAGCCAGGGUCUCUUAUGCCUCCUGUGGAUGAGUGCACUCUAAAUCCUGGUCAGUGUGGUGAAGGAGGUCAUUGCAUUGAUACAGCCAGUGGCUACAUCUGCCAGUGUUAUGAGGGAUUUAACAACGUUCAGCCUUCAGACAGAUGUGUCGAUGUGGAUGAGUGUCGGGAUGGAGCUUGUCGUGGGGGCCGGUGUUACAAUACCAUAGGCAGCUUCAGAUGUCACUGUCCUACUGGUUUUGACCUGUCUUCAGAUGGACGUACCUGUAUUGAUCAUGAUGAAUGCAGUGAAACAGGCAUGUGUGCAAAUGGUAUCUGCACAAAUAUGGAUGGAUCUUUUAAAUGUGUAUGCAAUGAUGGAUACAUUUUAUCCUCAUCAGGCUUUGCAUGUAUAGACAUUGAUGAAUGUGAGGAAAACCCAAGAAUUUGCUUAUUUGGUCGUUGUGAGAAUUUAGAUGGCAGUUAUCGCUGUGUAUGCAAUGAUGGCUACACACACGUCAAGGAUGGUAGCUUCUGCACUGAUGUUGAUGAAUGCGGUGAGACAGGCAUGUGUGAUCAUGGCUCAUGUGUUAACAUGGAUGGGUCCUUCAAGUGUGUAUGUCAUGCUGGAUACACCUUGUCUCCUAGUGGGAAGACUUGUAUUGACAUGGAUGAGUGUACCUCAGGGCCUUGUAAAAAUGGUCAGUGUAUCAAUACUGAAGGGAGUUUCAGGUGUGAAUGUCCACCAGGUUUCACCCUUGGGGUUAAUGGCGUCACAUGCCUUGAUACAAAACUGGACUUCUGUUAUGCCAUGUAUCGUGAUGGCCAGUGUUCCAAUCCAUCUACAACGCCCACCACAAAAUCAGCUUGUUGCUGCUGUACAGUAAUCUUGGGUCAGCCAAUGGGUUGGGGGACACCAUGCCAAGCCUGUCCACAACCUGGCUCCCAGGAGUUCCUUGGCCUGUGCCCUCAUGGGUUUGGCAUCACACACGAGGGUCAUGACAUAAAUGAGUGUGCCCUGAACCCUGCUAUUUGCCGCAAUGGAGCUUGUGAGAACCUAGAGGGAGGCUACAGAUGCAUCUGUAAUCCUGGCUACAUGGUGGAUGACAGCGGACGGCAGUGUCAUGACAUUAAUGAGUGUGCCAUUGACAACCUUCUAUGUGAUGGUGGUCAGUGUCGGAACACACCAGGGAGUUACCAGUGCAUCUGUCCAUCUGGUACUCAGUUGAAUCCUAACACCCACGUUUGCAGUGAUGUAGAUGAGUGCAAUGAGUUAGGGGAAGAUGCCUGUGUUGGAGGAACAUGUGUAAAUGUCAUCGGUUCUUAUAGGUGUGAAUGUGAUGAAGGUACCAUUCUAGACUCCACUGGCAGAUACUGUAUUGAACUUGCAGCAAUGUGGAAGGAGGAUUUGAAUGUUCGUGUCAGGAUGGCUUUGCUCCAGGACCCAUGCAGUCCUGCGAAGAUGUGGAUGAGUGUGAAGAGCUUGGUCACCAAUGUGCCUUCCGAUGCCACAAUAUGGCAGGUGCCUUUAGGUGCAUUUGUCCAUAUGGGUACACUCUUGCUCCAGAUGGCAGGCAUUGCCAAGAUGUUGAUGAGUGUUCUACUCCUGCUAACAACUGUCGGUUCCUGUGCAAGAAUUUGAUAGGAACAUUUAUGUGUAUCUGUCCUGAGGGAUAUCAACAAGUGGGAAUGACAGACGACUGCAAAGAUAUUAAUGAAUGUGCCCUUAACCCAAAUAUUUGUAAAAGUGGAAGAUGUACAAAUACGAAGGGCUCAUACAGGUGCGAAUGUUAUGAAGGCUUUGAACCCAGCAGAGAUGGGAAACAGUGUAUUGACCGCCGUGAAGGCUUCUGCUUUAGACAGCUCAUUGGUGGUAUGUGCUCCACAAUAAGUGAUGACUUGAAGAAGGUAACAAAAGCUGACUGCUGCUGCACAAUGGGUCUUGCCUGGGGUCCAAUGUGUGAGCACUGCCCACGUAAAGGCACUCCAGAGUAUAGCGCCAUUUGCAUGGAAGCAGGAUUCUCUGUGGAUGGCCUUGAUAUUGAUGAGUGUGAAAUGAUGCCAAAUCUUUGCAGAAAUGGAAAAUGUAUCAACACUAUGGGCUCAUAUCGCUGUAUCUGUAACAAAGGUUACAAACCUGAUCAUUCUGGCACUCGCUGUAUUGACGUAAAUGAGUGUGAAGCUACUCCUUCACCUUGCAAGUUUACAUGCCAGAAUACUGAAGGAUCUUACAGAUGUUCCUGCCCACGUGGCUAUACGCUUAAUCCUGAUGGGAUCACCUGUCGUGACUUGGAUGAAUGUGCCACAGGUCAGCACACCUGUCAGCAUGAGUGUGUCAACACCCAGGGAUCAUACAAGUGUACUUGCUCCCAAGGCUAUAAUCAAGUUGGCGAGCAGUGUCUUGAUAUCAACGAAUGUCAAGAACAGACAGGUCUGUGUGGUCCACUUGGCACUUGCAUUAAUACAAUGGGAAGUUUCAAGUGUAUGUGCCCAAGAGGAUACCGUGUAGACUCGACAGGCACAAUGUGUAUUGACUCUGAUGAAUGCGCCCUGGAUGGAAGCUGUGAAGCAGGUUGUGAUAAUAUUCAAGGAGGAUUCCAGUGUGGUUGCCCCGACGGAUACAGACGUCACUACUACUACAAUCAGUGUGUGGAUGAUGAUGAGUGUACAGCAAGUGCUGUGUGUGGUUCUGCUGACUGUCAGAACACCUUAGGUUCCUAUAAAUGUUUAUGUCCAAAUGGAUACUCUUUCAAUUUUGCUCUUCUGAUAUGUAUUCAGGUUGAUGACAACUGCCUGACCAGUCCAUGUGCUUUUGGUUGUAAUGCUUUGGAUGAUGACUCUGUUGCUUGUGGCUGCCCAUCUGGCUUCUCAAGGAUUGGAUCUGGACAUUGUAUGUCUACACUCAAUCCACCAGUGGGUAAUGGAGGAGGCAUUGGGGGCAUUGGAGGUGGCAAUGGAUUUGGAUCACAGUUUGGCAACCAAUUUAGUGGAGGACCUGGAGGCCAGUUUGGUGGAGGACCUGGAGGCCAGUUUGGUGGAGGACCCGGAGGCCAGUUUGGCAGGGGACCUGGAGGCCAGUUUGGCGGAGGACCUGGAGGCCAGUUUGGUGGAGGACAUGGAGGCCAGUUUGGCGGAGGCCCUGGAGGCCAGUUUGGCGGAGGAUCUGGAGGCCAAUUUGGUGGAGGCCCUGGAGGCCAGUUUGGUGGAGGAUUCUCUCAUACUUACAGCUAUGGCACUAAUCAGUUUGACCUUGGUGGUGUACCAACAUUUCCCAUAGGACCACAAGAUCCACAUGGUGACAAUAAGAACAUCAUAUCCACUGAAGGAUGCUUCACAUGUAAGAACGGAUUAACAGGACGCCGUCGUCGAUCAGUACAUGUGCCAUCAGUGAUAAACCAGCAGUUAUUCAUUCCAGCCCCAGUUAACUAUACAGAUGAUCAAGUUGUGCUGGUCCAUGCAAACAACAACACACACAGGAUAGUGCGGCGCAGCCUGGAGGAUGAAUUUAGAAGACAAGACAGCAUAGCACACAGGGCAGCCAAAAAUCCGAUUGUUCUGAAGGUUUCCUUGAAGCAAACUAAGCACAGGAUGCAGCUUAUAAAAUUAAAACCAGCUUUAACAUAUCUCCAGAACAAUGUUAAAUAUGAAAUAGUCAAAGGAAAUGAAAACAAAGUUUUUGAUAUGAAGUCUCGUCAUGGGACAACAUCUCUACACUUCCAUCGUCGUCUGCACCGACCAGAAACCUUUGACUUGGAGAUCAGUGGGCAUCCACUGGAUUAUAAUAAUAUUGAAGAUACUAAUAAUGAUCUUGAUGUAAACAUUAGGAUCAUUGUUACACACUUUACACUUAUGGAGAUGCUGUGUCCAGUUCAGCCACAGUAUUGUUCACCCUCACUGCCAAAGGACAUCACCGUUGUCAUAUUAAAAACUCACCAUAACUGUCUGCUGCUUCACCAUCAGUCACACUCCCUGGGUAUGCCAAUACCCAAGCCAAUACAGGGUUGGUGUGAGUGUCCUCCAGGCCAUGAGCUCUCUGCCAGCCAGCGGUAUUGUAAGGAUAUUGAUGAAUGCUCACAGUCAUCAGGUAUCUGCUCGAACGGUGUGUGUGAAAACAUGAUGGGAACAUAUCAGUGUAUGUGCAAUGACGGCUACCAGCAAACAGGCCAGAAGUCUCAUUGUGAAGACAUUGAUGAGUGCAGCGUCAACAAUGGUGGUUGUGAUGAUAUAUGCAUCAAUACCCCUGGACUGUUUUCCUGCUCAUGUUCCUCGGGCUAUAUGUUGCAUAUGGAUGGACGUUCCUGUACUGAUGUUGAUGAGUGCAAAGAGAAUUCCAAGAUUUGCAAUGGAGGAGUGUGCUCAAAUACCCCAGGCGCUUAUGUGUGUACCUGUGAAGGCGGUCUUAUUCCUGAUUCUGAUGGUCCAGGAUGUCUUGAUGUUGAUGAGUGUGAUAUGAAUCCUAAUCUGUGUCAGAACGGUAAAUGUGACAAUGUUGCUGGCUCAUUUGCGUGCCGUUGUGAAGAUGGUUAUAGUGUGAAGUCGGAGUUGGGGCCUGGCUGUACUGACGAUGAUGAGUGCACAAUGGGUAGUUUCCAUUGUGAUCAGAACGCGGAAUGUAUUAAUGUAGAUGGAACAUAUGAUUGCCGCUGCCGAGAUGGUUUUACAGGUAAUGGUAAAACUUGUCGAGAUGUCAAUGAAUGCCUCACUAACAAUGGUGGUUGUGACCGUGAUGCACAGUGUAUCAACACUGAUGGAUCCUUCAAGUGUGUCUGUGAUGCUGGCUUCCUAGGAGAUGGAUUCUUCUGUGAAGACAUAGAUGAAUGCACGCAAGAUCCUACACUAUGUGAAAAUGGACAGUGCCUCAACUAUCCUGGAUCAUUCCAGUGUGACUGUGAAAUGGGUUUCAUGCAUCCAGAUCAACACACAAAGCAGUCCUGUGUGGAUAUUGAUGAAUGUGAUAUGUUCAGCAAUCUGUGUGUAUACGGACAAUGCGAGAAUAUUUACGGCAUGUUCCGUUGCAUAUGUGAUGAAGGCUAUCACUUAGAUGAAACUGGAGGAAACUGUACAGAUAUUGAUGAGUGUGACAACCCAGAUAUAUGUCAGUUUGGUACUUGCGUCAAUCAACAAGGUACCCAUGUUUGCGAAUGUCCACCAAAUUAUGAACUGAUAAGCACGGGAGAUGGAUGUGUUGAUCGACGUGAGGGUGAAUGUUACCUGGAUGUUGUAAAUGUUCGAGGUGGUCGUGGUAUAUGCCGUGAACCCUUAGGAGACCCAGUAACCAGAGCCACCUGCUGUUGCUCAGCUGGCAAAGCAUGGGGUCCUCUGUGUGAAGUUUGUCCAGCACAAGAUUCUGAUGAAUACAAGCAGCUAUGUCCAGGAGGACCAGGAUUUAGGCCUAAUAGUAUCACAGUCAUCUUGGAAGAUAUUGAUGAAUGUGCAGAGAUGGAGAACCUGUGUGGGAAUGGCCGAUGCUCCAAUACAUUUGGUGGAUUCAUGUGUUCCUGUGCUAGAGGGUACACCUUGAACAGUGGAGGCACCCUAUGUGUAGAUAUUGAUGAAUGUGCUGACCAUAGAAAGUGUAAAAAUGGUCGGUGCAUUAACACAAUUGGAGGAUUUGACUGUGAGUGCCCUCCAGAUUUCAGUUUACUGCCCAAUAGAGCAGAGUGUGUGGAUAUGAGAGUUGAAACAUGCUUCACAAAGUAUGAAGAUGGAGUAUGUUCCCUUCCAAUGAGAAUGGAUAUCACAAGGAUGAAGUGCUGCUGCUCCCAAGGGAAAGCAUGGGGUGCUAACUGUGAACCAUGUCCUAGUGAAAGCACAAGAGAAUAUAUAGAACUUUGCUACUCUGGCAUGGUAGGCCCAGGCUUAACCGGAGAGGAGAGGGUGGGACUUGGUCCUGGAGAAGAUGAUUAUAGGGUUAGACCUGGAGAACCUGGUUAUAGACCUAGACCUGGAGAACCUGGAUAUGAUGAUAGCAGAGAUGGAGAUGACAGAUAUGGAACAGGUGACAGAGAUAGAGAUGACAGAUAUGGAUAUGACAGAGAUGAUGGAUUUGGAGGUGACAGAGACAGAGAUGACAGAUUUGGACCAAGUGACAGAGAUAGGGGUGACAGAUUUGGACCUGGCAGAGAUGGAGAUGACAGAUUUGGACCACCGGGCAGAGAUGGAGAUGACAGAUUUAGUCCUGAGCUUGGUCAACCAGGCAAGGUAUACAAUCCUCAAACAGGUACACUCGAAGAUUUUGAUGAGUGUGAGUUGAUGGGUCACAUGAUGUGCAAAAAUGGACGAUGUAUUAACACCAUGGGCUCCUUCCGCUGCGAAUGUGACCAUGGGUUCCGUUAUGAUGAGCCAAGUCAUAUGUGUGUUGAUGUUGAUGAGUGUGAAGAACUGACCCCAUGUCAAGGAUUAGCCAAGUGUGAAAACACCUUGGGAAGCUACCGAUGCUCUUGUCCGACAGGUUACAAGAUCAACAGACUUACUAAUGAUUGUGUUGAUAUCAAUGAAUGUGAGCAAGGAGGUGUAUGCCAACAUGGUGUCUGCAAUAAUUUCCAGGGAAGCUUCCAGUGCAUUUGUGACUCAGGAUAUGUACUGACAGCAGACCGAUCCUCUUGCAUUGAUCUUGAUGAGUGUGUUCGUUCACCAAACAUCUGCAACAAUGGAACUUGUAUCAACUCUAUGGGUUCUUUCCGUUGCCAGUGCCACAGAGGUUUUAAAAUUGGACCCAAUCAUGACUGCAUUGAUGUGAAUGAGUGUCUCAUCACUGUGGGCCUGUGUAGGAAUGGUCGCUGCCGCAACACAGACGGAUCCUUCACCUGUGAGUGUGCUGAUGGUUAUACAUUGACACCUGAUGGAGAGCAGUGCCGUGAUGUUAACGAGUGUUCUGAGCGUAGUGAUGUAUGCCCAGUUCCAGGACGUUGUCAGAACCUCAUGGGCUCGUUUGUCUGCGAGUGUCCAGAUGGCUACAGUCUCACAUCAGAUGGCAUGGCAUGUGUUGACAUUGAUGAGUGUAGCACAAUUGAGGACAUCUGUGAAAAUGGUGAAUGCAUAAAUAAUCGAGGCAGCUUCCAGUGCAUCUGUCCAUCAGGCUUUGAACUUAACCCAGAUAGGACCAAGUGUGUUGAUCAACGCCAAGAACAGUGCUAUCAGAGAUACCAACAGGGUAUAUGCCUUCAACCGAGACCAGUCAGCAUCCUGAAAAAAGAGUGCUGUUGCUCAGGAGGUGCUGCCUGGGGUAUUGGCUGCGAACGCUGCCCUCCACGUAGAUCACCUGAGUUUGAGAAGCUGUGUCCCUCAGGGCUUGGCCGCUCUGAGUCAGGGGCCGAUCUCAAUGAGUGUGAGAUCAUGCCAGGCUCAUGUGAGGGUGGAGACUGUGUCAACACUGAUGGUUCUUUCCGCUGUGAAUGUCCAAUGGGCUAUGUGCUAGACAGCUCUGGUCGACGGUGCAUAGAUGAUAAUGAGUGUGCUGUGUCCAAUAUCUGUGGAAAUGGAACUUGCAGCAAUGUGGAAGGAGGAUUUGAAUGUUCGUGUCAGGAUGGCUUUGCUCCAGGACCCAUGCAGUCCUGCGAAGAUGUGGAUGAGUGUGAAGAGCUUGGUCACCAAUGUGCCUUCCGAUGCCACAAUAUGGCAGGUGCCUUUAGGUGCAUUUGUCCAUAUGGGUACACUCUUGCUCCAGAUGGCAGGCAUUGCCAAGAUGUUGAUGAGUGUUCUACUCCUGCUAACAACUGUCGGUUCCUGUGCAAGAAUUUGAUAGGAACAUUUAUGUGUAUCUGUCCUGAGGGAUAUCAACAAGUAAGCUUUAUUGCAUAUCAUAAUUUUAUAUUUUAG